CUUGCAUGUACAGCGCUCUGCUACCUCUUGGUUCUUUUUGACAUUGCAUGUUCAACCGCAUCUUACUCAAACACCUACAUAUCCAUAUCCAUUUGCGCCAUGGUUGUCGACAACAAACCCGUCAUCGUCGCCACUGCCUUUCCCGUCCCCGGCCACACCGCCCCCCUUCUCCAGAUAUGCGAGCAUUUAGUUAAGAGGGGUUUCAACACAAUCUAUUUCAUUACCGGUGCCGAUUUCAAGUCUCCGAUCGAGAAGCUAGGGGCCGAGUUCAUCGAGAACCCAUGGCCUUGGAAGGAGCUCCUCGCGAAGGCUCCGACACAGGCGGAUCCCAUGUGGGAUAUGAAGCAUAUCUUCGGCGACUCGAUUCCAGUCGCGCACCGUCUCCUGAAGGAAACGCUUGAACGGGUCCGGAGGGAGCACCCUCACCGCGAAGUCCUCAUCCUCCACGAGAGCGUCUCCAACGGUCUCGCACCUUUCGUCUACGGGGCACCUCUUCCCAAAGGCUACACAUCCCUUCCCAAAGUCAUCACCUUCCACUCUAGCAUCUAUGCCACAAUGAACGAGAAGGUCCCUCCCUUUGGCCCAGGCCUGCCCUACGACCCCACGCCCGAGAACAUCGCCCUCUGGGGAUCCAUCAACGACCAAAUGAAGCCCCUCCUCUUAAACGUGAUGGAGCACUACGACAAUCACUUCAAGGCCGUUGGCGCAACCCGCGCCAUAACCGGCUCCCUGUUCGAACUGUUCCUCAACACGGGCGACGUAGCACUCAUGGCCACGAGCGCCAGCUUGGAGUACCCCCUCCCCGUUCCCAACCCCAAACUGCGCUUCAUCGGUGGCCUGCCGCUGAAGCCCCUCAGCCUGAGCUUUGUCUUCCCCGCCUGGUGGUCCACCAUCACCUCCAACGCGGCCCUCCCGGCCGACUUGCCCGACAAGAAGAAGCUCGUCUUCGUCACCCAGGGCACCAUCCACCGCGACUACACCGAGCUCAUCGUCCCGACCAUCCACGCCCUCGCCGACCGGACCGACCUGAUCGUCGUCGCCACCCUCGGCCAGCAGGGCGCCAAGCUCGACAGCAGCGUCACCGUUCCCGCAAACACCAUCGUGGUCGACUACUUCCCCUACGAUCCCCUUCUGGCCCACGCCGACGUGUUUGUUUCCAACGCCGGCUACGGCGGGUUCAUGCAGGGCAUCAUGAACGGCGUGCCCAUGGUCCUGGCGGGUACCGUCGCCGACAAGGCCGAGGUGUCGGCUCGCGCGGAGUAUGCCGGCGUGGCCGUCAACUUGAGGGCGCAGAAGCCGAGCGAGCAGACCAUCAGGGCGGCGGUGGAGAAGGUGUUGGGGGAGCCGAAGUUCAAGACGAGGGCGUUGGAGUUGAAGGAGGAGAACGAGGCCCUGGAUUCGUUGGGGUCGGUGGAGAGGAUUAUUGAGGAGGUGAUGGGGAGUCAGCCUGAGUAGAUGGCAUUGGAAGUGGAGGAGCAGCUGGGACGGUGCUGUUCCGUUGAGUGCCUGCCUGGCUAAAUUGCUCUUACCUGGUAAGAGCUGUAGUGCUGUAUGUACCUUCCAUAGACCGUCGCAAGCCGGUACGUGUCUCUAAUCAAGUCAUGUCAGAUACACCUUAGCCCCCGUCACUCCUUACUUCGAAGAGAAUCGAGAGUCGCAC